AUGGCUGAGAGAGCCCUCCAGGAGACACAGCCCUCAACCCAGCAAGCGCUAACUGAGGGUCCCCUGCAAAUAGAUCUCCAGCGUCGUAAACUACAAAAUGGCCGUCGUUAUCACGCCUUCAAGGAAGGAGCAUAUCUAGCGGUAUUCCACGAUCAACGAUCAACCGUCAACGAUGCAAGUGAGCGCAUGGACCUGGUCCAUCACAUCUACCGUCUACUCCUUGGAGGACGGCUCCAUCUCGCGCCCAUCAAGCCAAAUCCUCAGCGAGUCCUGGACCUCGGCACCGGUACUGGCAUCUGGGCGAUGGACUUUGCCGACGAAUAUCCAUCUACGGAAGUUCUUGGUACAGAUUUGAGUCCGAUUCAACCGAAAUGGGUCCCACCAAACUGCCUGUUUGAAGUCGACGACUACGAGUCCGAAUGGGUGUAUUCCCGCCCCUUUGACUUCAUCCACGCGCGGGAACUUGAGGGCUGUAUCGCCGACGACGACCGGCUCUUCCAGCAAGCGUUCCGCCAUCUGAAGUCAGGGGGAUAUAUCGAGCUGCAGGCUGUGAGCCCGUACUUGGUUUCUGACGACGACACGGCCGAAAAAGCGAAGACCGUUCAGCUCUGGGUGAAGACGCUCCGUGAAGGAGGGAAACGAUUCGGCAAGCCGUUCGACAACGUCGACAAGUGGAAGAGCAAGUUGGAGAAGGCAGGAUUCGUCGAUGUGAAGGAGACGAUAUACAAGCUGCCAAUCGGCACCUGGCCCAAGCAUCCCGGUCUCAAGGAGAUCGGCAAGUACCAGUUCAUCGGCGAGCUGCAGGCGGUCGAGACCUACACGCCGGCACUGUUCUCGCGCGUCCUGGGCUGGAGCCACGAGGAGAUCAAGGCGCUGAUCGCCAAGGUGAAGAAGGAGCUGACCGAUCCGGGGUUGCAUCUGUAUCUUCCGACUCAUUUCAUCUACGGGCGGAAGCCGUAG